AUGCCCGGGGCUACGGAUCCUGCGGCAGAGGACCUGCGUGCCUUCGAGCGGCGUCUGAGCGAGAUGGUGGCCUCCGAGAAGCCGAGCAAGUGCCGGGGAGGCCUACUGAUGGGCGCCAUCGCUACCUGCACGGCCGUAGGGUCGUGCCACUUGCUAGAGGACGUCCGGGAGAGCCAAUCCCUGGUCUUUAGGGCUCUGGCCAGUCAGGGUGCUUUCGUCAUCUCGAUGACCUCGCUCGUCCUGCUGCUGAUUUUUGGAUUCAAACGCAUCUCGCGAAAGGAUAUGCCCAUCCUGCGAAAUACGCGCUCCAUUCUGGGCACAUUUCGAAUGCAAUGCGACAACGACGGACAUUUGAUUUUAAAUCCUACUUCGGAUUAA